AUGGCGCCCACCACCGACAGGUCCAGCCUCGAAAUCACCGACUUCCCCGACGACGACUUCCUCCCCGCGACCACCGCCACUGUCAAAUCCUACCAGCUGAACCGGUUUACGCGGCCGCUGAUCGACUACGUGCACAACGAAUGGCAGGCAAACACCAAGUAUGUCUCGCUCUCCGGCUCGCCUGACGGCGGCGCCGACUCACCGCGAUGGAUGCAGAUGUUCCUGUCCAUGGUGACGGCGCCGCGGUUUCGGCGCUACACGCUGAUCUACCUGGUGCUGCUGGCGUCGUGUCUGGCCGGGUGGACGCUGGUGCUCUCGCCGCGGCUCGAGGAGAAUCAGUGGCUGGAGCAUUCGCUGGAUCCGCAGACCCAGGAGGAGGCCGGGGGGUGGUUCGGGACUAAUACGAUGCCGCGGUUCGAAGGCGUCACUCAUAUGAGGACGCUGGAUAAGAUUUUCUUGCCUGCUGUAAAGGCAGUCAAGGGCGAGGCGAGUUCGCGGCGAUUAAUUUUCAUUGGAGAUGUACACGGGUGUCGGGAUGAGUUGGAGCUGCUCCUAGAUGAAGUCUCGUUUGACCACGAGCGCGACCAUCUCAUCUUCACCGGCGACAUGAUCAGCAAGGGUCCCGACAGCCCCGGCGUCGUCGACCUCGCUCGCCAGUACGCCGCGUCCUGUGUCCGGGGCAACCACGAAGACCGCAUCCUCCUCCUCCGCCACGACAUGGCGACGACAAACACCCUGCCCGCGGCCUCGGACGGCGACAUCCCGCCGGAUCUGUUCUUCGGGCUGAACAGCAAGGAGCGCGCAUUGGCGCGGCAGCUGAGCGACGAGCAGGUGCAGUGGCUCGACGCCUGCCCGGUCAUCUUGGAUGUCGGGCAAAUCCCGGCCAUGGGGCAGGUGCUGGUUGUGCAUGGGGGCCUGGUGCCGGGCGUGGCGCUGGAGAAACAGGACCCCUCGAGCGUCAUGAACAUGCUGACCAUUGACUUGGAUACGCAUGUGCCGAGUGGGAAGCGAGGCGGGAUGAUGUGGACCAAGCUGUUCAACAAACACCAGUCGUUACUAUAUGCCAGCCAGAAGGGUGUCGUGCCAGAUCCCAAGUCAAAGGUGACUACCGUGAUCUACGGACAUGACGCGAAGACCUCCUUGUCGCUGAAGACAUACACCAAGGGCCUAGACUCGGGGUGCGUCAAAGGCGGCAAGCUGACGGCCAUGAUCAUCGAGGACGGCGGGGAGCAGAAGGUCGUCCAAGUGCGGUGUCGUAACUACCACCACAAUCAAUAA